AUGGCGACUUUCUUCUCCAGACCACAACACAAGACAACAACCACAACCAACAACCAACAACCAACAACCAACAACCAACAACCAACAACACCAACUACAGCCUCUGCAACUGAGACAACCAUUGCAACAACUAUAGCCACAGUUACAACAUCUCACCCUUCACCACCGACAACCAUCACCAUGUCUAUCCUCAACCACAUCAAGCGCGCCCGCGACCACAAGGAGGCCGUCAAGUCCAAGGAGGUCGAGCAGCACAAGACCACCAAGCCCACACAGGCCUACCGUCACAUCCCCACGCACGCCGCCUGCGACUCGGUGAGCAGCGGUCCCAUGGGCUCUCGCCGCAACGACCGCUCCAAAGUUCGAGCUGAGAACCGCAAGCGCACCGCAAAGGUCGUGGCAGAGGCCGUCGCCGAGAGCCACUACAUCCAGAUGAACUUUCCCGGCUCCACAACCUCUUCUCCCUUUGCCAGCAGCAGCAGCAGCAGCAGCGGCUCUUCUACUGCCACUUACCAGGCCAGCGAGGCCGACUUCUACGACGGCGAUGUCAGCCCCAUGAGCCGCUCGCCUGUGCAGAGCUUCGGUUUCCCUGCGCCCCCUACACGCAACUUCUACCAGCCCAGUGAGGCGGCUUACCCUCAUCCUUUGUCUCUCAAGGGCAAGGAGGUUGUCCGGGGUCCGACAUACGGCAUGGCCUACUCGGUGUCUCCUAGCAAGGACUCGCUCCCCGAGCACUUCCAGACGGCGCUCAUGAUCUGA